AAUCUUACAGAAGACAUUCUUAUUGCUUCCCUUCCAAGAGAGGCGGACUGUGGGCCUGGUCGCAGAGCAGGGCAGGGCCCAGCUCGUGCUCGUUUCCUGAAAUCGAAACAAAGAAUCACCUACACGAUCCUAGCCUUACCUUGGGCUUCGUGAUGGCUUGCUUUGACAGCCUCGUGUCUCGAUUAUUGGUACGUUUUCGGAGACUUGAGGCGGUUUCAGUGUACUGGCUGGUCUGCAACAACCACACCUUAACAGAAUCCCGUCGUUCGGCACACGCCAACAAAGCACGAGUUUCUUUUAGAAGGUUCGGUGGCCACGAUGAUUCCCCGCACAACAGAGCAAUAUACGAAACCUUGCAAGGAAAACGGACAUGAAAUCUUUGGCACUUGGAGGCAGCACGCACGCCUGAAAGAGGAUCCAAUAUGACAUUUCUUUGUGCAUUCAAAAUGAUUACAAUGCAGCUCAUAAGCUAAUCACUUGUAGACAAGAAGAUAAGCCAGCUCCAUGGCUGGAUCUUUCUCUGCUAAGAACAGCCUGCAGGUGGACUUCGUCCAUCUUACAGACACCAAUUUCCAAGAGUACCAGCAUUGCAGCAACCAGCAGAUAGAGACUAAUAAUCAUCCGCUUGAGACAGCGCUAACACUCUUACAUUCCCGAACCGUCCUGCUUAGGUACGCAAGACACGGCUGGCCCCGGCAUUCGUAUCCCUCACACCCCACUGCGACGAACUUGUCAGCCACAGGCACUUCUCGGCAUUCAAGGGCAUGGAGAAGAUCGGGUGAUCACUGGGUUCCUGCCACCAGCCCCGAGCCUUGAUGUGCUAGGCAGAAGCAGGUGUGCCGACUUGCAUCCGUUCAGCUACACAUGCGAAGGUUCACCAGUAGGAACUUCUUCUUUGGGAAGAACGUUUGGUCGAACCGGGACGACACGAAUUCGAAGAGGUUCUGGCCGUGGUGGCUGGAAAGUUAUUUUCAGCGGCUGUGUAACCUUGGGCUUCAGCUCUUUUGGUUGUACUUUGUCUGGGGCGAUUUUCUGCAAAAUUGGCGCCGGUAUAGCCGAUGCGUCCCCUCUUCGGUAGAGAGACGCUGGUCUGCGAUUCAAAGUAUCAAAUAAUCGUCAUGAGUACCUUGGACACGCUACCUGACAGAAAUCGCAUAGACAAACAACAGGGCCAUUGCGCUGGAACCGUUCAGAUAUGGAACAGUAAGUCCGAAAUCAUAGACUGGGUGGAAAAAGAAUUUAACAUACCUGCCAGCGAGAAUUUGCAACACCGAGAAAAUGUGAUGACGCAACAGCACAUUAGAAAAUGAUUCGCUGCUGUCAAAUUGCUCUAAGAGUGCAGCUAGAGUGGAACCGCUCAUAGUUGUGCUUAUUUCAUCUUUAAGUAGACAAAUAUUGAUAACAUGCUCCAUGACUUUACAUUGAACUGCAAUCAUAACCCAAAGUUGGAUGUCAACCACAACCUCUAUGAUACAAGACAAAAA